GUGACUGGGCCAUUCAGUGAAAACUGAAUGUGAACUCUGCAAUCGUGUUUGCAUUCGAGUGCUUUUCAUUCAGUCAGUGCAAAUGGAGACAGUGUAGGAGAAGAUCCGGGUGCAACGUAACACAUUUCUACGCGCUUGACUUAAAACUGCUUCAUUUCAGUUUUGACAGCAGAACGCGGUGAAAGAUGAAGUGGUGGGGAUGCUGGUUGCCAGCAGCAGCUAUGCUGCUGCUCACUGUGACUGGAGUUGACAUGGAGCAUCUCCAGGCUCAGAACCUCAAUCUUCUUCCCUCAAAUCAGCAUAACAUGGUCCUGAACCGUGGAACUAGAGUCCUGCCAAGAGACUGCUAUGACAUGUUGAUGGCGUCAUCGGGCCAGGCUGGAGACGGGGUUUACUUGAUCCAACCAGGGGACUCCCCCAUCGUGGCCUACUGUGCCAUGCAGGAGGGAGGUUGGACCGUUGUUCAACACAUUACGGUCAAUAGCAGCGUGGAUUUUGAUCGGACCUGGGCUGAGUACAAGAAUGGCUUUGGUGAUGUCACAGGGGAUCAUUGGCUCGGGAACGAAUACCUCCAUCUGCUCACACGUGGCCCUUCCCGCUAUAAACUGGGAAUCAAACUUGUGGACCAAGAUGCCAUCACCAAGAUGGGUGAAUAUGAUCCGGUCCUGGUAGAGGCAGAAUCAUCGGGAUACAGGCUGAGGCUCGGCUUGUUCCAGGGCACAGCCGUGGAUGCUCUGACCUUGGAUACGGAGAACUACCUGCACGACAACCAGAGAUUCACAACUAAGGACAAAGACAAUGACAACUACUUCCAGAACUGCGCCAAACUGGAGUUUCAAGGCGUGCCAGGGGGAGGGUGGUGGUACGACGCCUGCGCCGGUGCCAAUCUAAAUCGCAGGAAUGUCAUUUACUGGCAAAAGGACUGCAAUAAGGAACGACUGUGCAAGUAUGCGUGGCUAUUGGUGAGACCUUCAGACACGGUUAAAGUGAUUUACAGCGGGGAGUGUAAGAAAGAUGAGCUAUGAAGACAUGAUUCCCUGGGAUUUAUAUCAAACAUCAGGCUUAAAUUACACAUUAAAGUGUGUGACAUCAGUGACUUGCUGAUAAUACUGAUGGAACCAACAUUUAUUUCACCACAUUUUAUUCAGAAAUACAUGAACAUGAUCACAAAUACCCAAAAGAAGCAAACAUUUUUCACAAACAAGUAUUAAGCUGCAGUAUUGUUUUAGCUCUUUCUUCUCCUCAGCUACACACCAUGUACAGGACUGUCUCAGAAAAUUAGAAUAUUGUGAUUUUCUGUAAUGCAAUUAAAAAAACAAAAAUGUCAUACAUUCUGGAUUCAUUACAAAGCAACUGAAAUAUUGCAAGCCUUUUAUUAUUUUGAUAUUGCUGAUCAUGGCAUACAGCUUAAGAAAACUCAAAUGUCCCAUCUCAAAAAAUUUGAAUAUUCUGUUAAACUGUAAGCCAUAAUCAGCAAUAUUAAAAUAAUAAAAGGCUUGCAAUAUUUCAGUUGAUUUGUAAUGAAUCCAGAAUGUAUGACAUUUUUGUUUUUUUAAUUGCAUUACAGAAAAUAAAGAACUUUAUCACAAUAUUCUAAUUUUCUGAGACAGUCCUGUAUGUGUAAUCAAAACGAAACAUCUUUUUCAGCCCCCAAAAUGACAUGUCUUCGUGCGUAUCACACUCCAACUCACCCUCGAUAAAAAAAAAUAAAAGUAUUUCAUAACACUAGAGCCCGUGAGUCAUCAAAAAUAAAAUAAUUUUUCUCAGUAAUUUCCAUCAGUUACUUACAGAAAGGAACACAUCACACUUUUCCUCCACUGGAUGUAGCAAAUGAUGACGUAUCGAUUAAGCGACUGUAAUCCAGAGAAAACAAGUUCUAUAUUUUGAUGCUUUAGAACAAAUACUGUAAUAUCCUGAGAAUGAAGAGUAAUGAAGACAUUUUCACAAACAUUGUGCACUGUAAAACCCUCCUCUCCUCCUCAUGUAAACACAGACAAUUACAGAGAGUUAGUUCAAUGGAUUAGUAGGUUGUUGUUUUUUUUAACUUGUGAAGGAUUGAAUUACUCCUGUAGGACAGAAAGUGCAGGUGAUAGCAAUUAAGGUGAAUCUACAUGUGGUGUGACAAUUAACAGAGACGUGUGUAAAGGCGUUGAUUAUCGUCGAGUAACCAUCUCGACUGAGCACGUCUCAAACAGAAUGUACAAUUUUAGCCCUUUAAAAUCAAAUUUCUAAAUAAAAUUGUGGAUUUUUAUAUAUGACACAUUAUGAAAAAAAUCAAUGUUAUUAUGCAGCUGAUGAUCAAUUAAUAAAAAUUUGAAGGAAAUGCUCUUUUUUUUCAUCAAUAUUGUAGAACAUAUAUACAGUGUCACUUCAACUGUUUUAUAUUUUGCAGAGUUUUAGCAGCGGUUAACAUCGACUGUAUUAGACGUACUGAUUUAUAAGCAACACUAUAACUUUUACUUUACCAAGCAUGUAGAAUCCACGUUCAUGGAGCCAAAGUUGUUGGUACAAAUUUACAAUUUAUACACCGCGUUAUUUGGAGCUGACUACGGGGUUUUGUCCGUACCAGUACAGUUUCUCCUGAAUUCUCUUCUUCUUCCACUGGCAGAGCAGCAGCAUGCGAAAUGUCUUUUGGAAAGUUUUGUUGCAAAGGGCGUAACACAUGGGAUUGACGGUGCUGUUGACGUAACACAGCCAGUACCCCAGAUGCCAGAGCGAGAGGGGGAUGCACUUUGAGCAGAAGGUGGAGAUCAGCACCAUGAUGUUGUAAGGAGUCCACGUCAGGAUGAAGGCCAGCAAGAUGGCGCUGAGAGUCUGAGCUGCCUUCCUCUCCUUGAUCAGCACCAUCCUCUUCCUCUUGGUGAUCUGGUUCUUCAGCGAAGGGUCUAUGGGCUUGGACACCGAAGAGGUGGAUGGGGCACUCAUGGACUCCGCCGAGGAGAAAGCUGACGACACCAUUUUGGUGUCUCCGUUUUUGCUCGGGGUCUCCAAGUGAGCGUCUUUGGCCACAGGUUUAAAUUUGUACGACACGCACUUGCCGCUCUUUUGAGAGUUAUUUUUAGGUGGCAUGUGGAAGAAACCGUCUUCGUCGUAGCUGUGGAGCUGUUCGCUCACGCUGCUCAUCCCGCUCUUUCUGCCCUCGCAUGUCUGGUUCCUGAAGGAGGGCUGGAAGCCUGCUGGGGAUACAGGUCUGUCCUCAUCCUCCGAGGAGGCAUAGCUGUUAUAGGUGGUGAGCUGACCGACUUUGGCCCACUCGUCGGUGGUGGCUGCUGCUGAUUUGAUAGCAUUGCUCCUACUCGAGGAUGACCAGGAGGCUUGGUUCCUUUUAUGAGAAGCUGAUCUUGAUUUACAACUAAAACAGGAUCUGAUGAUGGUUUUCUGAGUCUGCGUCACCCCAGAGUCUGUUGGACAGUUAACUCCCUGCAGCUCCGCCAGAUCUUUUGUCCUUUUCUCCGUUUCCUUGUAGAUUCGACAAUAAAGGAUUGUCAUAACUGACACAGGGAUGUAAAAGGCAGCAAUUGCUGUUCCAAACGUGAUUACAGGCUCAGAGAAAAACUGUAUCUGGCACUGUCUCUCGGGGACAGUCCUUUUCCCAACAAAGUACUGCCAGCAGAGAAUUGGAGGAGCCCACAGAAUCAGAGACACCAGCCAGGCUAAGCCUAUCAUGAUCCCCGCUCGUUUGGGAGUCCUUUUGGCCCUAUAGGUAAGAGGCCUGGUUAUGGAGAAAUAUCUGUCAAAGCUGAUUACCAGCAGGUUCAUGACCGAGGCGUUACUCGCUACAUAGUCCAGCGCCAACCACAAGUCACAGGCGAGGCUCCCUAAGGCCCAGUAGCCCAUCAGUAUAUACGAGGUGUACAGAUUCAUGGAGAAAACACCUAUGAUGAGGUCAGCAGCCGCCAGACUCAGCAGGUAGUAAUUGUUCACCGUCUUCAGUUGGCUGUUGACUUUAAAGGAGAGCAUAACAAGAACAUUCCCCACAAUGGUGAUGAGGCUGACGAUAGCAGACACAGUUGCUAUGGUGAUAACCUCCCAGAGAUUGUGAGUGACCAGGUGGAUAUCCAUCGUAGUGGUAUUUACAGUGGAGUUUGCUAUGUUUUCUCCUUCCAUGGUCUUCUGGUGUUUAAUGGUACCCAACCAUCACAUGUGUGUGUGGAUUUCUCAUUUCCUGAAAAGACAAAAAAGAGGGAUUACUUAUCUUGUCUGCCACACGAUGGCAUCAGUUAUCGAGCAUCAAAUGGACACAUUUCACACCACAUUAACGGCAGGUGUGAUAAUACUCUUUGUGUCUCAAAUUGAAUCAAAUUAAGGGGUUUUCAAUUAUUUAUAAUUUCACUCUUCUAAAAAAGCUCAGGUGUGAACCAAUUGAACAGUGGAGUAGGAAAAAUAAUUCACAGCUUUAAGUUUUGUUUAAAAAAAUGUACUCUAUGCAUGUUGACAUUUAUGAUAUGUGGAUAAACAUGAUUUGCAAGAAAAGUAGGGCUUAAGCAGCAUUUAUUAUGUAUAUGAAAUAAUGACAAAUACAAUAAUGUCUGAACUCUUAGCUUCUAUGUGGUUUUAGGUUAAAUAAAUAAACUAAUACAUAAACCUAAACAGAAGAAACACCAAAUGGAAAAAGAAAGAAGAAUUAUGUUAUAUAUCUAUAAUUUCUUCAAGAUUUAUUUUUCCGUAAGUCUUUUAAUAUAUGAAUUUAGCUAUUCAACUAUUUUGUAACAUUUUUUUUACAAUUUUUGAAGAAAUAUUUACUAUGAGAUUAUGUCUUCUUUUUCUUUAAGCCUUUUUUGUGUUAAACUCUCCAAAGGAGCCAACACUACCUUUUUUAACCUCCAAAGACCUGGUGAAAUAUUUUUCCUUCGUGGUCUGAAAUUAAAUAUUAUGACAUAGAAAACAAAGUGCGAUGUCCACAUAUGUGUACACCAGGUGUUAGGGGGUACACAAAA